CGUGCUGCAUACUCGUCAAUCCCCCACCACCUCCACUAUGUCGACAGAUCCCAAAAUUCAGGAGCUUCUCGCCAAGCCGCGCGACCAGUUGACCGAGUACGAGAUUUCUCAGGUCGAGGAGCAUGAGUUCAGCGCCGGUCCCCUUUCGCUGCUCCAGACCGCUGUCCGCACCCACACCCAGGUCCUCAUCUCGUGCCGCAACAACCGCAAGCUACUGGCGCGCGUUAAGGCUUUCGACCGCCACUGCAACAUGGUCCUCGAGAACGUCAAGGAAAUGUGGACGGAGACGCCCAAGCUAGCGACCGGCAAGCCUGGAAGGCCUGUGAACAAGGAUCGUUUCAUUAGCAAGAUGUUCCUUCGCGGUGACUCGGUCAUCCUUGUCCUACUCAGUUGAGCGUACAAAUACACCCUCGCGAGCGCAAAGACGAACGGGAUUUCUUUUAUGGCAUUGCUGGAUUGGGAAAAAGUCCACUGGCACGGCGUUUUGUAGAGACGAUCGGAUAACCCAAAUUACGAUUCAUAGCCGACAG